CUCCUGCAAAAGUUGGGGGCCAGAGUCACCAAUUUGUCCUCAUAAAGCGUUUCCCUCAGUCUGACAGGACGGGGAACGCCUUGGAGACUGACGACGGGCUGCAUGGAUUCGGAUAGAGCACUGAUAUUGUCAUCACGCCGUAAACACGUCCACCUCGCGAACUCUACAUCACUGCACUUUUUUUAUUCAAUCAGAUACGCAGCGUGCAGCCUGUGUGCCGCGCCUAGUCCUGAAAAGCCCCGAAGAGCCGAGCAAGAAAGCGCGACAGCACCAGAUCGAGGCAGUUCGUCUGCCUGCAUUUAAAAAAAAAAACUUCUUUCGAAUUGACCAAAUCUGUCUGGUGUACUUUUUCCCUACUGCAUUUUCAGAAGACACAAGAGGAGAGGAGACAUAAAGUGAAGAGGGGAGGGACCCACGGAAGUUGAUGCAGAUAGAUUAGGUUUCUUCUGUGCGCCCUCUCCACGCCUGGAGCUCCGUCUUUUUUUGGUGAUGUAAUUGGUUUUACUAAGGGGCAUCGGAUACAAAUGGAACUAUCUGUGUUUUUCCUGCAGAAUGUUUAAAUAUAUGUUCUACUAAUCUGCGAGCAAGUGUCCCUUUCAUCUGGUAGAGUCCAAAAUUGGGUAGGGCACAGAGGGCCGCGGUGAGAGGCGGUCGGUAGGUUCGGGGAAAGACACGCAGCGGGCAAUAUCUCUGGUGGCAGCGGACGUGUCGGUGGUUCGCAGCCGUGCAGCUAUGUGGGCUGGCGCGCUGAUUGGCUGUGCGUUGCUCGCGCUGUGCUCUGCGCCUCCUCCGGCGCACAUCAACCGUUUGGCGCUGUUCCCUGACAAGAGCGCCUGGUGCGAAGCCAAGAACAUCACACAGAUAGUCGGGCACACAGGCUGCCAAUCUCGCUCCAUAGAAAACAGGGCAUGCCUGGGACAGUGCUUCAGUUACAGUGUGCCCAACACCUUUCCUCAGUCCACAGAGUCCUUGGUGCACUGUGACUCCUGCAUGCCAACGCAGACUCAGUGGGACGUGGUGACCCUGGAGUGUCCCGGCAACCCCACCGCCCCCCAGGUGGACAAGCUGGUGGAGCGCAUCCUGCUCUGCAGUUGCCAGUCCUGCAUGAAAGAGGCCGACCAGGAGGGGGCAGUAGCGGCGCACACGCAGCUCUAUCCCCCGGACAGCGCCGUGGUGGCGGUGGACCACGCUGGCGCCGCGCCCGCCGCCGCGUCUCAGCCCUCGGACCCCAUCAGCGGCGAAGUGCAAACCCACCACCACCUGCACCCUCACGGCCACCCACACCCACACCCACACCCCCAUCCCCAUCCGCAUCCGCACCCACACCAUCCUGAUGCACUCACCGACACACACACGCUGCCACACACAGACGCCUCGGAGGGAGGAUAACAUAAACUGUGCUCUGGGUGUUUCUUGCUCUUUUUUCCCUCUCUCCCUCCCUCCUUCGCUCCCUCUCUCCCUCCCUCCCUCCUUCCUUCAAUUUUCCUCCCUUUCUUCCAAUUCUGUCUCUGGUCUUGGUGUCUUUCUCUGACUCUCUGUGCCUCGUUCGUUCUCACUUCUCUCCCAUCUGUGUCAGACUGUUACCACCCCUCCUCCACCCUCCCCUCCCCCCUCCCUUUGCUUUAGUUUGUCUGUGAAAUUUUGUACUCUGGCAGAACUUCAGCACUUUUAUGAAUAACACCACGUUUUGCAAAAAUAAAGCUUUUAGACAGGAAUGUAUGAACGGAACCGGCGUGCAUAUACACACUCACCAAAAAAUGAUCAGAAAGUAAACUGAAAAUUUAACACAAACACAUAUGCGUGUCAGCAUGCACGUGCACGCAUGCGCGCACGCACGCACGUUCACACACACAUACACAUACACACACACACACACACACACACACACACACACACACACACACACACACACACACACACACACACACACACACACACACACACACAAACAUUCAAAUAAUGUAAUCUAUCUGAACACGGACUUUUCAUCAGCACAGAUUCAAGUACACAGGUGGAAGUCAUAUGCACAAGCAUACACACACAGUAUCUGAUUACAUAUUGUAAGUGCACUUAACUCGCUGCCUGCAAAAGCUUGCGAUACAGUUUUCCAUUUUGUUUUGAGGCACUCGAAAACAUGCACAGACACACUGCAACACACACAUACACUACUCUCUCUCUCUCUCUCUCUCUCUCUCUCUCUCUCUCUCUCUCUCUCUCUCUCUCUCUCUCUCUCUCUCUCUCUCUGUCUGUCCUCUCUCUUUCGCUCCCUGACAAACACAAACACGCACUGUGACACAGAAAUCAGCUUAUGUUUCUUUUGGACUAAAGGUUCCAAAUGUUUCUGUGCUGUCUUGUCUGUUCUUCUUUCCACACUUGCGCAAUAGAGACUAAACAACAAGAGGGUUGAAUUGAGUUGUGGAGUCAAGGGAAGAGCCUUUUCUCUCCCAGCAACACGUCAACACUUAAUAUCAGGGUUCCCACUGGUUAUGGAGUUUUUUCCAGUCAUGAAAAGUCAUGGAAUUUUGUGCAUGUGCAGUCAGGGAAUAUCAUGGAAUUUUAACAGUUUUGUGCUUUUGUUUUGUCUAAAAUACUUCCCACAACACUGUAGAAUCCGAAAAACGUCAAGAAACCUCUCCACUCAGGCAAACAUGCCUGGAAAAUGCAGAGGAGAGUUGACUGAAAAUGGCAAUUUGAAAGAUGGGCUAUUACAAAUUGAUGACCACAGAGCUAGAUGUCUCCUUCGUCUCAAUAUUUUGGGAAUGUAGGCCUAGUUUUACGAGAGGUCAUGGAAAUUCUGUUUUAUGGUCAGAUAAAGACGUGGAAAAAGUCACGGAAUUUUCUGUCUGACAUGGAGUGGGAACCCUGACAUAUGGUGCUGCUGGAGAAAGACGGGGGAAGAAGUUCAGUUGGUCCACUUGAAGUGACUGAUAUAUGAGAGUGUAACUGUGCUGGCUCGGAUAAAGCUGUUUGUAUUUACAAACAUCUGCUUCUUCAUGUGUUUAUUUAUCUCUUCUGAACCGCACAGGGCUUUGUGGUGUCAGCCCUUCAAUAUCACUAUUUAUAGCUGGAAAACCCCCCGCAAAACCCCCAGAGCUGAUGUUUUCAAUCAGGAUUAUCAGCCCUCUGUUGCUGUCAAACAUCAGAAAUGUAUUUGUCCAAAGAUCACUUGAUUAGAGGCAUGUGUUGGUGUUUGAUGACUGUGACAAAAGCCAAAAAACAAAAAGGGUUUCAUCACUUGAGCAUGUCAGCCCUUUUUAAGAUGUUAGACAUAUGGCUGUGACGCACCAUUUGAAGUUUUACUAAGCAGAAGUUGAUGACAACAUCAAUGCAUUGAAUGUUAACUAUAAUGUUUUAAAGAUUACAAUUAAGUGAAAUGAUCAUUAUAUGUGCGAUUAUAAAGUUAUAUGAUACAACAGUAACAGAUACAACAAUUUUCUUUUUUCACUUUUUCUUCUUUGUGGGUAGCAAGAUAUUUGACAUAGAAUAUGUUUUUGUUUUGGAUAUUGACUACAAUGUUUGGU